AAAAGAGACUCCUUUGAUGAAUUUGUUUAGUAUUUUUCUAAUAAUAUUCUUACAGAUGAUGAGUAAACAAAGGACAGUGGCUUCGUUCGCCGUCCACGGUUGAUAUUUGAUAUCUGUUUACCAUUUGGCCUUUGACCCAGCUCCUUUAUUUUUUAUUGAUUGAUAUUUGAGAAUUUUUUGGCACAAUUUAUGAAUGUACAGACAGUAGUAUGCGACCCCUAUUUUGUAGAAGUGGAAAUCUCAAUUGCCAGCAACAAAUGGCACUCGCACUGGCAUGGGCACGGACAAUCUUGGCGUUGGUGUUGUUGGGCGUGGGCAGCUGCAAUUGCAGUAAGAUUUGCAUUGUUGGCAGUGGCAUUGGCGGAGCUUCUGCCGCCCAUUUUCUGAGAAAGUAUUCCCAAGAGGGCAUGGAAAUUCACGUGUUUGAAAGAAACUCAGUGGUAGGAGGACGAAUGGCCAUGGUGGAAUUGGGAGGCGACAAGUUCGAAGCGGGUGGUUCAAUCCUCCAUCCCAAGAACUUGUACACUCUGCAAUACACUGAACUUCUUGGCCUCCAACGCAGUAGCGGCGGCGAUGAUACUGAUUUCGGGAUAUGGGAUGGACAAAAGUUUCUCUUGAAGACCUAUCCAUCAUCAGGGAUGGCUAUCUCCUUCCUCAACGACUUGCUCGUCUUUUGGCGAUACGGAACCAGCCUCUUCAAAAUGCAAAAAUAUGUCUCUAGUCUGCUGAGUAAGUUCUUGCACUAUUAUGAUGAUUCACGGCCCAUUUUCAAUUCAGUGGAGGAAAUGUUGAAAUGGGCAGAUCUUUAUGAAUAUACAACGCAGUCACUCCAGGCAGAAUUGGUUGCUGCUGGAUUAUCCUCUCGUUUGAUAUCUGAGCUCAUAACGGUUAUCAUGAGGAUCAAUUAUGGACAGAGUGUAAAUAUUAGUGGACUAGCUGGAGCAGUUUCCUUGUGUGGAUCAGGUAGCGGGCUUUGGUCAGUGGAAGGAGGAAAUUGGCAAAUGGCUGCAGGUUUACUUGAUAGGGCAAAUGUUUCUUUACAUCUAAACGAAGAGAUAGCUUCAGUUUCAUUCAAUGGGAAGAACUAUGAAAUAAGUUCAUCUAAGGGACAAGUUCACAAUUGUGAAGUUGCAGUUCUGGCUACACCUCUGGAUGAGGUCAACAUCAGCUUUAUCCCUGAAUUUUCAAUUCCAGAGAGACAUCUUCAACACACUUACACAACUUUUGUCAGGGGUCAGUUGAAUCCGGUGUACUUUGGACAACCAUCCUCUUUCAUCCUUCCUAAGCUAAUAGGCACUUUGGAAGUUCCCAGUUUGCCGUUUUCAAGUAUAUCUGUGUUGAAGGACUAUAGUAGAGAUGACAAAGCUUAUAAGAUAUUUUCUCGCAAAGUCAUGGCAGAUGAUUUGUUAGAUAAGAUUUUCAGUGUCAGAAAAGAAACCAUACAGAUAGACUGGGCUGCAUAUCCUCACUAUCAAGCACCUGAAAGAUUUGCUUCUUUUUUGCUAGAUGGCCAUCACUUGUAUUACAUUAAUACGUUUGAAAGUGCUGCAAGUACCAUGGAGAUGAGUUCUGUUGCAGCUGAAAAUGUUGCACGACUUAUCUUGUUUAGAUUGCACGUUGAUCCACUACAUAGAUCAAGAUCAGGAUCUUCUGAGUCUAGUGAUGAUGAAAGGUUUUCAGAGUUAUGAGAAAUUAGAUGUGUAGAUCAAGAUGUUCUUGUGAGAACACUUGUAACUAAGAUCAUAAAACUAUCAAAACUCACCUUCUGUAUGUAACAAUGGUGAAGCUUACAACUUGGAGAGGUUGGCAUUAUUCAGUAUGGAUUAUGCCGCAGUUAUUUAUAACAUGCUUUCAGAUCCUCCCAUUUUCAGCACGGCAACAACUCUUCAGUAUAAUGGCAAUUUCCUAAUACUAAUUUAGGUAAAUAAAUAUCCAACCCA